AUGUCCAAGAGCGAUGAGCUGAAAUUGCCUCGCGAGCCCAAAUUCCCCACUCAUAAUGCGCCUCGAGUCUGGUUUCUGACUUGCUCCAAUGGUCCGAUUGGCAUCAGCCUAAUCCGGCAUCUCCUGGCUCAUGGCGAUUACGUGACGGCUGGCGUGCUUCCGAUCGAGUUUGAGAAGAGCGAGGAGCGUAGCGCCGACUUCAAGGAGUUUCUCGAGGAGGUCGGCACGCAGCCGGACAAGGAGACAUGGCGUGCACGCCUGCGUGUCGUGGCCUUGGACGUGAGAGUGAAGGGUCAGUGCCAGAGUGCGGUCGCAGAAGCAGUGCACAACUUCGGCCGGAUAGACAUAUUGUUCUGUUGUCACAGUGAGACGGUUGUCGGCACGGUUGAAGAGCUCAGCCAGAACGAGAGGACUCUGGCUUUGGUGCAAGAGCAAUUCGAGAGCGUCUUCUUUGGCCCGAUCAACGUCAUAAAAGCUACCUUGCCCAUCUUCCGAGCGAAGAAAAACGGUCACAUUGUGCUACUCUCAGCCAUCACGGGACAUCUGGGUACGCCUGGCCUGAGUAUGUACUGUGCUUCGCAAUGGGCGAUUGAAGGCUACUGCGACAGCUUGGCUUACGAGGUGGCACCGUUCAACAUCAAGCUGAGCAUCGUGCAGCCGAAUCUUGAAAUCAACGUGUUGACGCACAAGAUCACAAGCGCUCCGCCAAUGGCAGCAUACGCCGAAGAGACCAACCCGGCACCACUGUUCCGAAACAUUCUAUCGGGUCUGUUGGACCGCUUGGAAGGAAGCGCAGAGCCUACCACUGGCGAUCAACUCCACAGUAACGAGGUCACCAGUCUGUAUCCGCCACUGAGCAAGGCGAUGAAGGAGCGCUUAGUGGCAGAGACGGUGCAUGCCGUUGCCGCAAUCGGUGGCCACGAUAACCCGCCUGCGCGGCACAUUGUCGGCUUCGAAGGCGUAACGAGCGUCAAGGAGAAGCUUAAGACCGUCAGCGAGGAGCUAGAAGACUUCAUCGAGUGCAGCAGCGCUGUCGACAUCGAGAAGACUGAAGAGACUCCGGCGCCGCAGCAGACGCCGGGCCAGACCCAAGCCGCAGCAAGUGGAGCGGGAUGA